CUAUGGCUUGCAGCUUGGCAAUCCACAUAUAAUCUCUUUCCUGUACCACCACCUUCACUUGCCAGUAAUUCUUUGCCGUGCUUCUGGAAAUCAUGGCACAUUUUGAUACAAACCAUCCAGCUGGAUCGAAUUUCCAUACAGAUCCUUUUGGUGAUAACUCGGACAGUCGAAACAAACCCUUUGACGGUUUAGAUGGGAUAAUACAAGACGAUACCACAACUCUCGCAACAACUACGAGCGGCAUUCCUGCCCUGGACCCUUCAUCAUUCUUGCGUGGUGCUGGUCGAACCGAAGCACAAUCUCUCAUCUUCAACUAUCGACGUACAAAGUCACCCUCCCUGCCAGCCAUACCAAGCCGGCAACCUACACCGUCAUUGUCCGAAAGAAAUGGUCCAGUUUUCAGUGACUUGAGUGUCCCAUAUAAGGACGAGGACUCCUAUUCAACACGUCCAUCGUCUGUCGUUGGCAAGUCAGACGACCACCUGAUGCAUAAUGCUGCAGAUAUGGGACGCUCAGAUAGUUAUCAAGACCUGGAAUACGCAGAACCAUUGGAUGAGAACUCCAAGCUUGCUGCAGACAGCGCAUCUCCGUUUCAGAAGGUUCUCGGGAUGGACAUGGGGAAGUACCCUAUGGAUCAGCGGAUCGAGGACAAGAAGCGGGGUAUCGGGCGGCAAAAGCAUCCUUACGUUGUAUGGGCCUUAACAAUUAUCAUGGUUGGCGUUUUCAUCAAUGAGUUGGUGGUGAACACCAGAGCACAGGGUACCCCAAUAUCCUUUAAGCCAGUUGUAAAUCCCAUGCUUGGGCCGUCGGAAAGUGCAUUAAUUAAUUUGGGUGCUCGUUUCCCGCCAUGCAUGAAAGUUAUUCAAGGACUCCCCUUAACUACUCCGAUUGCUUGCCUCAAUGAUACCGCAAAUCCGCCAGAUCAGCUCUGUUCGAUCGAGGACAUAUGUGGUUUCGGUGGCUUCCACGGCGGCGAGCCCGACCAGUGGUUCAGAUUCAUCACUGCCAUUUUCCUGCAUGCAGGAUUCAUCCAUAUCAUCCUCAACAUGCUCGCUCAGUUGACAAUAUCCGCUCAAAUAGAGCGUGAAAUGGGCUCCGCUGGUUUCUUUAUAACUUAUUUCGCGGCCGGAAUCUUUGGUAACGUGUUGGGCGGUAAUUUUUCACUGGUCGGCGCACCUUCAAUAGGCGCCAGUGGUGCCAUCUUCGGUACAGUCGCGGUUACAUGGGUGGAUCUUUUCGCACAUUGGAAAUAUCAAUACCGACCUGGUAGAAAGCUCGCCAUCAUGACAGUGGAACUGCUGUUCGGUAUCGCUCUUGGGUAUAUACCUUAUGUGGAUAACUUCGCUCACCUGGGGGGCUUGUGUAUGGGUCUUCUCGUUGGCACAACCCUGUACCCCGUGAUCAGUCCAACGAAGCGCCAUAAGCUCAUUAUGUGGGCUUUCCGGCUGGCAGCCAUACCAUUAGCAAUCGUCCUCUUCGUUGUCCUGAUUCGGAACUUCUAUACUUCAGAUCCUUAUGCGGCGUGCUCGGGCUGCAGGUACCUGUCAUGUAUACCAACUGCAUCUAACAAUCACUGUCAAGGUACAGGUUUUAGCACUAGUAAUACCACCACUGGCGGGUCGAGUAUUUAAAUGUAAACCUUCCGAUCUCAUACUUGGACAUUAACUUCGUGCACUGCAUCAUCACUUUAUGUAUAUCAAUGGCCAAUGGACAGUAAUACUACACUGAUAAUUUGACCCACUCCCCAGUGAUGAAUGCGAGCUGGAUAUUGCACGUUAUAUCAUGUGCAUGUGGACAUUAAUAACAUAGAUCAUUUUGCGGUACAA